AUGGCGCGAUCGCCUGCGGGUGCAACCUUCCUGGGUCCUGCUGUGCUGGCAGUGGCCUGUUUCUAUGGUGAAGCCCAUGGAUCAGUGAAGCAAAUCGGCAGUUUCUGCCUGGGUUUGUCUCUGGUCUUAGCUCUGAUAUGGGUCUACUCUUUCUGGGCCCUGCAUGUGGCCCGGCCCUUGGCACCUGUGAAGAAGCAGAUCAGCGCCAGCAGUCGGAAGGUGUCCUUGGAAUGGUCGGCCUCUGAUGAUUUCGAAGACUUCGCCCCGCUGCUGGCGUUGAAACAGCUCGACUUCACAGGUGAAAAUAUCACAGGCGCACUGGUCCAGGAACUGCGACUGGAUCUUGAAGCCACCCUUCAAGCUGGAAGCCACGAGCUGAAGAUUUCGGAGAGAACUGGGCUUCAGCUCAAUGUCACUGACAAGAUGGCCAAACAGAAGUGCAAACUCCUCUUAGAAGCGAAACCUCCGUCGCCUCAACACGAGGCUGUGGCAUCUUCCCUUCUUUUUCACCUGCCGGGGAUUCAGCUUCGAGGAGUGGCGGGCGCAUUGGAUGGACUCUGGGAGCUUUGGGCCAACCAAGGUGCACCCACUGCUUCCAGCUCCAUGGGCUCAUGCCUGCGGUGGAUUGCGGUGCUCCUGCUGCAGUUGCUGGAAGUAGCUCUGCCCAUCUCACUGCACACCGUGGAAGGUGCAGCAGUUGGCCAGGAGUUCUUGUUAUUCUUUACCGGUGCAGUUGGCUUUAUCCCUUUCGAACGAGUUCAUUUGCCAGCCUUUGUCCUUCCGCGACUUCAUGCUCCACUGUCAGGGCUGUUAUCUGCCAACCCGCUGGUGGGGCAACGGAUUCGCAAGUCUGCCAGCCCUCCAGUAGCGCAUCCAGGCCUCUUGGCUGCUUGGAAGUUUUCUGCCGAUGUGAGCAUCCUCCCGUUUGGUUUGGAUGUGAUGCUGCGUAUGCGCGAUGGUUCCAUCUCAGCUUUUCAAGGUAUGCUACUGUCGGAGGACAGCUUACGUGCCAGGUGCGAAAGUUCAGGGUCAUUGGACAAAGACAAGCUUAAGAUUGAGGUGGACUCCUUCUCUGUGACUUCUGCAGGAGCCGGAGAUGGAAGGGAUAAGGGCAUUGGCGGAUCUGCCAGCAUUGAAGUUGGCCUUGGUAUUGGAAUGUUCUUCACACAGAAGUCUCCCAAAGUCUCCCUGCCCGAUCUUUUCUUCUCUGCUGCCUCUGGUCAUGCGCUUCGCCCUGGGUCCCUGGAUUUCCGCUGCAAGGUGAACUUGGCUCAGAACAGUGAGCUGCCUGAGCCUUUGCGUGUGACCUUCCGGGACGAACACCCGUUGAUGCUGGGCAGUGCCAAUGUGGCGGCACGUUUGCAGCGCCUGGCCUUGAAAGGCAGCCUGUCACUGCAGCAGACUUUGCCCAUGCAGCGGAAGAGAGACCUCCUGCAGCUACCGCAGACCAAUUUGAGUUUCGAGACCUCCUUGGAAUUAGAAGAGGAGACUUCUUUCAUGGACGAUGGCUUUUCAACGAUCCGUUUUCAAGGUGUGCAAUGUAGUGCAGAGGGUCGGCUAUGGUCUGAAGGGCAAGAAUGCCUCAUGGCCAAAGCCUUGGUCCAGGCCUCUGGUUUCAUCGCCGCACAGUUUCGGGCAGCAUCGCUGGUGCAAGCUUUGAUCGAAGCUGAAACGGCAGCCGCGCGACUCAGUGGAUCGUCCCCCAACAAAGGCCAGUCGGAGAGCACUGGAGAUGAGGAAGGACAGUACACCUCCGUGCGUGUUGGCGACGUUUUGCAGGUGGAUGUGGGUGGCUCGGCGAAAGUCAUUGGCCAUGCACAGCUCCGGUUGAACCCCACGGAGCCAAAGGAGCCCGUGCUCGAGAGGAGCUUAAGUCCAGUGUCGCGGGGACGAGUGGAGGCUGAAAAGCUGACGGUGGCAGACAUUGCUGACGACGAUGGUUGCGAAAGCAUCGAGGGCGAGGAUCGCAUGCCACUGCUGCGUGUGUCUAUUGCUGGGUCAGAAGCGAGCAUUGAGAUGGGCGAGUGCCGGGCGCAGGUUGGUGAUUUGGCCUUGACUAUUCCAAAGGCACAGAUGAAGGUAGAUGCGAUUGAAGCAGAAAUCAACGCUGAAGGCAUUGGACAGACGCACUUGCGACUGACAUGGGAUGGCUUGGGGCAGCCUUUGCUGCAGCACACAGCCAAGCAGCGUAGUGUGCUCUUCCCGCAGCCUCCCAGUUCGUCUGGCCUGAAAGUGGAGAUUGGUGACAUGGGUCAAGUGGGAAUCGCCUUGGAUGAUGAGCCAGACAUGGCUGCUUGUGGAAAUAGGCUUCUGGACGAUGAGACAUGGUUUACUCCCUUGCUGGAGUUGGCAGCCAUCCUCAACUUGGAGGCAACCACUAAGAGACUGCUGAACUUCGCACGAGUGGUUCGGAACGUCAUGAGAAGUGAGGACAUCACUGAGCCAAAGGAUGUAAUCCCCACUGGCCGAAUGGCUCGCGUCAUUGCCAGGAUCUUGCAGGAGAUUGGCACAGACGGGCAGCACGUGGCCGACGCCGAGCCCACGAGACUUGAACAAGACAUCUAUGGCGUGGUUGAAGGGGCGGUUGGCGGCAAAGGCCUCGAUGUGACACGGAUCACGCGGCUGCUCUGGGAUCAUUUGCCUUCCGAAGCGUGCAGCUUCGUUCAGGAAUACACCGCUGAGGUGGAUUUCGCCAUCAAGUGGUUUGACUCAGUGCUGAAGCCCACCGAGCCCACAAGUGGUCCAGACCCUGGAAAGGCCACCGAAGCACCUCCGUCGCAGAAGUUCCGUCGGGAGCUGCAGGAGGUGGCGCCCUGUGCUUCCAGGCUCUAUGAAGCGGUCGCUCGGCCGGGACAACUGUCCCGCCAGGUGGAGGAGCAGCUGCUGCGCGCAGCCCCGUAUCUCACAGGCAAGCAGGUGGAGCACUUGCUUCGACAUGCCAAUGUCGGGGUCACUUUGAGGCAACGUCUGAAGUUCUUGCUUGGCUUAAAGCGGCGAGUGGAGAAAGUCGCGCAAGGCUAUGGUGGCCCGGCUUUUAUGCCUCAAGGCAUGGCGGUGGGGUUCUUCCUGGCCACAGCCAUCCGUGCGUCCUUCGCCGGAGUGGAAAAGACUGCAUCCUCCCAGAGGUUGCUAUCGCGGUCGACUGAGGAGCCCAAGAAGGCCUCCACACGUUUGGCGGGUGUCUUGCGUGAGCAGCGUGCUGUUGCGCAGGAAUUGUCUCGCUUGCAGGAACGUCAGCGGCUCCUGUUGGAAGAGGCAUUGAUCUUGUCUGGCUUGGAGCAGCGCUCGGCCAGUGAUCCCAUGCUGGUUGUGGACGACACUCCCUGCAAGUCCUUGACGCCCAACGAGAACCCCAGCUCCAUGUCGUCCAUGUUGUCCUGUUUGGCGCUGCCGGCAGCUGCUCCAGCAGCUGCAGUGGUGAGUGCCAACGCAGCCUAUGCUCAGCGGCUGCAAGCGCCAAAGCCGGAGCCUGGAACUGGCACUAGCAGCACUGGCAGCGCAUCGGUGGUGAGAAGCCAAGUGCCCCAUGAGUUGUUUGACCUGGGCUCAUCCUUGUUGGGGCCCAUGGAGGUGGCAAUUCUGUUGCAGAGCGGCCUGGCGGCGGUACCCCAAGGCCGUCAGGUGCAGCAGAACCAACGGAUGCUUUUGGAGAUGAUGGUCUCACAGCCGCCUCUGUUCCUAAAGGGUGUGCUCUAUGAACUUUCCAACAAUGGGUCAGCCAGGGUGCUUGGCAAUCACCUGAUGGCUCUCUUGGACCUCACACAGGAUGCCAUUCGCCCCAACGCACGGCUGGAUGUGGCAGAUCUCUUGACGCAAGCCUUGGGGGUUAGCAUGCCUAGAAGAUCCGACUUCAUGGCAGGUGGCAGCUCUGCCAGCAGAUCUUACCUACUUCUGGUUCAUCGGGCUGCCAAGCAUGUCCUCGAGGAAUGUGGCCCCUAUGUGGCCUUGAAGCAUUGGCUGCAACGUUCGGAAGUUCCUCUCCCUGCCGUGCGUGAUGUGCCCAUGCCUUCAGCGGAGCGUGCCAUUGCUGCCGCCCAGCAUGCUAUUGAGGUUGCAGAUGCUGCUGGUGAUGAAUGGCUGAAGGUGAGGGGCGCCCCUUGGUAUGAUGGCGCCCUGGAAGAUUCAUCACCAGCUGAGCCCAAGGAGGAACAGCUCAGGAACGAGGCCCGAAAGCUGUACACCAUGGCUUUCGAAGCCUGCGCAAUGGCCCUGAAGGGCAGCCAGGAGGUGUUGCAUCAGGAGUGGUUCCAAACCUUUUGGGCGCGGAACUAUGAUGCCCUGACAGUUGUCUCGGUGCUUCAAAAUGUGCAGAUGGAUGUGGACAAAACGAGAAAAUGGGUGGAUGGACAACUGAGACAUGGCACCUCUACCUCCACGGACUACAAGGGUGUGAGGGAGGCUUGCGAUGCCUUGUGGCAGAAAAAUCCAAGGAGUGAGGCAUGUUUGGUGGAUUGUUUGAUUGAGAUCUUGUUCUACGAUCCUGCGGAUCGCCUGAAAUAUCGAAGAGACGCCUUGAUGCAACUGAUCAUAGAGGAACCACCGGGACAUUUGAACUUCACAGUGGUCUCUGCUAUGGGAGUGAUCACCGAGGGCGCGAAGGGCACAGAGAUGGCCGCAACCUACGCUCGCCUGCGUGAGCGACGUGGAGUUGAGGUUGUGCGUGCUGACACUGCCACCCUGCAAUCCGUUGAUUACAAUGCUGCCUGUGUGGAGAAGACGGUGAAAGAGGUUUCUACACCAUGGGGCUGGGUGGGCUACAGCCAGGGCUGCGCCAAUGCUUUCAGGGCAGAGUCAAUGAUGUUGCAGGGCACCCCGGAGCAGCAACGGCUGAUGAGCACCUUCCGCUGCCGGCAGCUGCUCUUCUCGGCCGCCAACGGCUCGGCCCACGCCACCUGUGGCGACUGGAAGCUGCUGAGGGCUUUGGUGGACGGGGAGCGCUUCCUGAAGCGCUUUCAGGCCAGCAUGUCUGCUGCGACCCAAAACCUGGCUUUGGACUUGCUUCAGAAUGCGCUCUCCUCACGACUUGCCUAUGCAGUGCUGGGAAGCGUUCAAUCCCUCACCCAUGAGGGCGCAAGAACCAUGUGGCGUGAUGGCCAGCAUGCCCAUGCACCCUCCACCUCGAUGAGGGGGGUCGUGGAGUCGCAUACCCUGCCUGAAUGCCUCAUGUUUGUGUCCAACAUUAUCCUCCAGCAGAUGGAUUACAGCCAGCGGCAAGACACCCAAGUGGCUGUCGAAGAAGCCGUGGCAUACCCCACUAGCAUCCGCAAUGCCAAUGCAGAGCUGCUGAAGCGGGUUGACAUGCGCAGUGCCAUUCAGCGAACACACCAUUGGUCACCUCUUCAUGAAGAGGUGCUUUUCCUGACAACCUCUGGCGAUGAUCCGCUGGCCAUGUUCGACACGCCCAAAGAUCGCCAUGUGUUUCCAUGGCUGGAAGUGAAUACUCGGUUCGGAGUCAUUCAACGCAAGGAUGAGUGCAGCUAAGACAUGCUAAGACCAUCGAAGGGAUCCAAAGUAAUUUUUCCAUUCAAAUUUGAGCAGUGCCCAAAAAGCAACCAGGGCUACAAGCUUCGGUACGUG